CGGCGCCGGGCUCCGCACCCCGCGGAGCGGCGCGGAGCGGCCCAGCCCGGCCCAGCCCCGGAGCCAUGCCGCUGCCGUGCCGGGGCUGGACGCUGGCGCUGCUCACGCUGCUCGUCGGUUUCCUCAUCUUCGCCGAUAUCUCGGAGAUCGAGGAGGAGAGCGGGAGUUCUGGAGGCAGAGGUACAAUCAGAUCAGCUGUGAACAGCUUACAUAGCAAAUCUAAUAGAGCUGAAGUAGUAAUAAAUGACUCCUCAUCUCCAGCUGCUGUUGACAGAAGUAAUGAAAGCAUUAAGCACAACAUUAAACCAGCCUCAUCCAAAUGGAGACACAACCAGACACUCUCUUUGAAGAUCAGAAAACAGAUCUUGAAGUUCCUGGAUGCAGAGAAGGACAUCUCGGUGCUGAAGGGGACGCUGAAGCCGGGGGACAUCAUCCACUACGUCUUUGACAGGGACAGCACCAUGAACGUGUCCCAGAACCUGUACGAGCUGCUGCCCCGCACCUCUCCCCUCAAGGGCAAGCAGUUCCCCAGCUGUGCCAUCGUGGGCAACUCGGGGGUGCUGCUCAGCAGUGGCUGUGGCCCCGAGAUCGACGCCCACAGCUUCGUCAUAAGGUGCAACCUGGCCCCCGUGCAGGAGUACUCUCAGGACGUGGGCAUGAAGACAGACCUGGUGACCAUGAACCCCUCGGUGAUCCAGCGCGCCUUCGAGGACCUGGUGAACGAGACCUGGAGGGAGAAGCUGCUGCAGCGCCUGCACAGCCUCAACGGCAGCAUCCUCUGGAUCCCAGCCUUCAUGGCCAAGGGGGGCAAGGAGCGAGUGGAGUGGGUGAACGAGCUCAUCCUGAAGCACCACAUCAACGUCAGGACUGCCUACCCCUCGCUGCGCCUGCUGCACGCUGUCCGAGGGUACUGGCUGACCAACAAGGUGCACAUCAAGCGACCCACCACCGGCCUCCUCAUGUACACCCUGGCCACCCGCUUCUGCAACCAGAUCUAUCUCUACGGCUUCUGGCCCUUUCCCCUGGACCAGAACCAGAACCCUGUCAAGUACCACUACUACGACAGCCUCAAGUACGGCUACACCUCGCAGGCCAGCCCGCACACCAUGCCCUUGGAGUUCAAAGCCUUAAAGACGCUGCACCAGCAAGGAGCCUUGAAGCUGACUGUGGGGGAGUGCGACGGGGCCACGUAGGGUGGUCCCCGGGCACGUUCCUGCACAGCCACGGGAGGAAGGGGAGGGGGCAGAAAGGGCGAGCGCUGCCUGGCGGGGUUGGUCGUUCUUCGUUCGCGCGCAGGACAGCGACACAAAUAUAUCUACGUGGUACCUAUAUAUAUUGACCUGAGUGUUAUAACUGUUCGGUGUUCACCAAGGGACGGGGCAGGAGGGACGCGGGAGCGCCUCACAGGGCUGGCCUGGGCAAGACCCCCUUGCCGUGGGGCUUGCUGGACUCGCAGGGUGUGUGCCUCGCGUGGGAAGGGCGCGAGGGUGGCCUUGGUUUCUGAGGGUGUGUUAGGUGAUGGGUAAACGUGAGCCGUUUGUCGUGACUGGUCCGAGGGUGGUAGUUAGUUUGUUCGGCCGAGGCGCGUCCUUGGCCCCGUGCUCGUGGCGGGGAGGGGAAGGGGCAGGGAGCGGGGUGGGCAGGGAAGGUUUGUUGGUGGCUCUCACAGCCCAGGGCCCCGCGGCACCGAGCGGGACCCGGCUCCUGCUCCGCAGGGACCAGAUCCUUCCAAACACAGAGUGAGCACAGGGGAAGCAGCUGGGUCUGCAGGAGGUGGCAGGGAGCAGAGCUGAGCUGAUCCCAGUGACACACAUGUGAGGGCCAUGGGGAUGGUGAGGAUGUGUUUCUCUUCCUUUUCUGAGGAGCAGAGAUGCUGGAAUGUCACAGGAAGGGGCUUUGCUGCCACAAAGCAGCACCAUUAGUAUUGAGCAGUCUCACUGUGUCACAAGGACACCCAGCAUCUGUCAGGGCUCGUGAGAACCAUAAGUAUAUCCAGCUCUAAUUCCUCAAAUUCCCAACUGUUCCCUGCUAAGCAGCCUGCCUUCUUUCCUCCUCCAAAAUCUGCUGAAAUAUGUAGGAUAGGCCUAGACCCAGCCAAGCAGAAAGAGCACAGGACUUCAAGGGACUUUUUCAAGUCUAAAUAAUUUAUUUUCAGUUUCUCCCCAAAGAACCAGCACACAGUGCUGAAUUCCUGGAGUCCCACUCUGUCAGUCCUUUCAAGCCCUAAUUAUCUCUCACUCCCAACAGUUAAAUAGGAUGUCAGAUGGAUCUUGAUGGGAUGCUUGCCUAGUGAUGAACAUCAUAGAAAUAAUCUUUUCCUUUUUUUUUUUUUCCCUGCCAGACAGAACCCAAAACAUAAAGAAUUUUUUAUAACUACAUUUGCUUUUCUCUGAUUUUCGGGGGUUUUGAAGGAAGCAACUAGAUUGAUCUGAUGAUUCUGUUUCAUUUUCUGCCUCUGUGGCCUAUUCUGUUUGUCUCCUAAUUAGCACUCAGUGCCAGAAUGCAGGUGAGUCCAGGGUUCAGUGAGGGCUGUUUGGGUUUAAUUUGUGGGAGAGUAAAUAACACUGCACAGGCAGACCUCAGGCACGCACUUCACUGCUGCCGUGGCUGGGUAUCAUCACCUUUGGGCCUCCUCCUGCUGCUGUGUUUUUUAAGUUAAAAAGUGUACAGUUUGGGGCUGAAAUACUUGACAUUGUCUCUUUAAAAGCUGAGUGCUUCAAGUGGUAAAAAGAAGAGCUCACUUUCAUGUUUUGGUCCGUAGAAGCUACUGUACCCAUAGGAGCCUCCAGCCUGCUAAUUAGUGUCAGAUGAAGAUGGCUAAGAUUAAGGUAUAAGCAACAUUAUAGUGGAUAAAUGUGGGCUAAUCUGCCACUGAGGGGAUGUUUCUUUCCAGCACCAGAAAAUCAUUUCUUUCAUGUCUUUUUUUUUUUUUUUUUAAACCCGGUGCCUUUUUUUUUUUUCCUGCAUAUUAUUUUUACUUUACUUUAGUUCCACAAUAAAGCUAAGCCUGGCUGUGAACCUCAGCUUAAGCUGAGACAGAAAGAGACAGAGAGAGAAACUGGAGGAUGGAAGUAAUCUGCGAUCCCAGGGAGCUUUCCCCGAAUUCAGGAGUGGUUCUUAAAGCCAGAUAAUUCCCAGGUUUGUCCCCAUCACAGGGGGAGGGACAGAGCAGGACUGGAGCUGCAGGGACUGCUGAAGCCAACUGUUGUAUUGAGGGGCCUGGGCCAUGGUACUGAUUGCUGUUAGCAAACCUUCUUUUUAAAUAAAAGUAGAGGAAAU